CGCCCAAUCAGCUAUCCCCAUCUCAUGUUUAAUCAUAUGCUUAAUUACUGCGAUGACAACUUCAAUGAGGACCUCCCCUUUGCUCCUCAAAUCACUCUGCUGUUGCGCGCCCUAGGCAUUGAUCUUCGCUACAAAGUAGCUAGGGUCGAUCUGAUUGAUACCCUUUGCGCUCAGUUUGUUCUUCGCAAGGUGAAUGCCGUUGUUGGUCGUAGGUGUCCUCGAGUCAAUGCUUCAGGGGGAGAAGGGGCUGUAGUUCAUGCAGCGUCUUUAGCAGCUGAUCUUGAAGAGCUAUUCCUGAGGUUGUUUCUGAGGAACCAGUAGCGGCUGAAGACCUUGAAGAUGGACUCAGUACUGCUGAUCUGGAGGAAGAGCUAGGUGGAGAUGAGGGGGAAAUCUCUGACUACCUGUCUUCCCCAACUUUCCCUUUCUAAGCUCGCUUGGUCAUCAUAGGAGUUUUGUGUAGGGGGAGCUUAAGUUUGUUGGGUCUUGCCUUGAGUCGAACCAGAAGUGUUUCGUUUCUGAGAAUAAAGCUCUAUGUAAGAG